GCUAUGAGGGCCUGCUCCAAGGGAAGGGACUGGAAGCUGGCCUUGUAUGUUUUUCACCGUAUGCCGAUGAGAGCCAUAGCACGUGAUGUUGUGAGCUUUAAUGGUGCCAUCCAUGCGGCGAACGUGGGAGCAAACUGGUGGCUAGCGACUGAGCUGCUGGGAGCGAUGCCAGAAGACGCCGUGGUGCCGGAUGCCAUCAGUUACAACACCACCCUGAGUUCUUUCCAACGAAACCUGAAUUGGGACCGGGCUUUGAAGUUCCUGGCUGAGAUGCAAGACCAAGCCAUACUGCCGUCUUUGGUAGCUCUCAACACGACCAUCAGCGUCGCGGAGAAAAGUGGACAGUGGCAAGUGGCCCUCGUUGUCUUUUCCGACAUAGCGACUGCAAAUCUUCGUCCUGACGUGGUGAGCUACAAUGCGGCCCUCAGCGCCUGCGCGAGAAGUAGCCACUGGAAGGUGGCCAUACAUCUGCAGGACCUUAUGCGUGAAGAUGUGGUGAGGCCUGACAUAAUCACCUGCAACACUGCAAUGAGAUGCUGCAGCUUGGGGCACCAGUGGAAAGAGUCUCUGACCCUCAUGGCCAAAUUGCCCCAGCAUCGGAUCGACCCCACCAGGAUCACUUACAACACAGCCCUCACUGCAUUUGCUGCAGGAGCACAGUGGAAGCUUGCAGUGGAGUUCUUCCAGUCUAUGAUAGAGAUGUCAGUGGCUUUGGAAGACAGCUAUAACGCUGCAAUCGGUGCCUGCAAGGCAGGCAAAGCCUGGAUGCCUGCAUUGCAGCUUCUGUUCGAGAUGCCCCGAAGGGCAUUAAAACCAGACAGGAUAAGUUUUAACACGACCAUCAGUGCGUGUGAGCAGGGCAGCUGCUGGCCACUAGCCCUCAGCACCUUGGAAGCCAUGGUUCCUGCGAGGUUACGACAGGACAUCAUCAGCUACAAUGCCACCAUCAGUGCUUGCGCAGAUGGAGCUCAGUGGCAGCUUGCCUGCAGCCUCUUAGCUUUGCUUCUUCAAAAGGAUGUUGCUCCAGACGCUGUGACGUUCAACAGCAUGAUCAGUGCUUGUGAAGGGGCUUCGCAGUGGCAGCAGGCCUUGCAGCUUCUUCUCUCUGAGACACGGAAGUUCCGAGUCUCCCCGGACGUCAUUGGUCAUAAUGCCACCAUUAGCGCCUGCGAGAAGGCUGGCCGGUGGCUACUGGCUUUGGCCGUCUUUGACAUGGUCGGCCAGAAGCGGCUGACACCCACAGAGUUCACUUUCAGCUCGGCAAUCACUGCAUGUGAGAAAGCAGCUCAAUGGAAAUGGGCAGUUUUCUACCUGAGAAGAAUGGCUGCAGAACUUCCCCCUAAUCUCAUCAGCUACAAUGCUGCAGUCAGCGCCUGUGAGAAAUCCAGCAGGUGGCAGGCGGCUCUGCGGGUUUUCCAGGCACUGACAGAAGCCGAACUGCGACCAGAUCUCAUCAGCUUUGCUGCGAUGAUGAGCACUUUUGAGAAGAGUGCCCAGUGGCAAAGGGCGCUGUCUCUGCUCGAGCAGUGCAAGGACACGAAGCUCCUCUGA